AUGGAUCAGGUCCAGUGUGGGAAGACUUUUGAUCAAGAUAAGAACCUUAAAGUCCACAUAAUAAUUGAUACUGGAGAGAGCCCUUUCAUGUGCCAACAGUGUGGAAAAGGAUUCACUCAAAAAGGAAGCCUUAACAGACACAUGAGAAUUCACACUGGAGUGAAGCCUCACACCUGCCAACAGUGUGGAAAGAGUUUUGCUCAACUUGGAAACCUUGAAGUCCAUAUGGGAGUUCACACUGGAGAGAACCUUUUCACCUGCCAACAGUGUGGAAUAAGUUUCACUCAAAUAGAAAGCCUUAGCGGGUACAUGAGAACUCACACCGGAGAGAAGCCCACAUGCCCACAUUGUGGAAAGAGUUUUGAUCGACAUGGUUACCUUGAAGUCCAUAUGAGAAUUCACUCUGGAGAGAAACCCUACACAUGCUCUCAGUGUGGAAAGUGUUUCAGUCAAAAAGGACACUUUGCAGACCACACAAGAAUUCACUCUGGAAUGAAACCCUACACAUGCCCUCAGUGUGGAAAGUGUUUCAAUCAAAAAGGACAUUUUGAAGACCACAUAAGAAUUCACACUGGAGAAAAGCCUUUCACCUGCCAGCAAUGUGGAACAAGUUUCAACCGAAAAGGAAUCCUUAACAGGCACAUGAGAACUCACACUGGAGAGGAGCCAUUUAUAUGUGGUCACUGUGGAAAGAGUUUCAGAUAUAAAGUGACUCUUAAGUACCACAUGAGGAUUCAUGUAUGA